GAAGGCGGGGAGAUGACACAGUUGUUCCCCCAGCCCUGCGGGGCGGGCAGCAUGGUUCACUCCAGCAUGGGGGCUCCAGAAAUAAGAAUGUCUAAGCCCCUGGAGGCCGAGAAGCAAGGUCUGGACUCCCCGUCAGAGCACACAGACACGGAAAGAAAUGGACCGGACACUAACCACCAGAAUCCCCAGAAUAAGACCUCCCCAUUCUCCGUGUCCCCAACUGGCCCCAGCACCAAGGUGGGCAUUCUCUCUGGCCUCCACUUAACAUUCUGGGGUCCCGGACCCUGCCUCUCUCCCCCCCAGAUCAAGGCUGAAGACCCCAGUGGUGACCCAGCCCCAGCGGCACCCCCGCCCCCCCAGCCGGCUCAGCCACAUCUGCCCCAGGCCCAGCUCAUGCUGACGGGCAGCCAGCUUGCUGGGCUCACGGCGCUGAUGCCGGCUCAGCAGCAGCUCCUCCUGCAGCAAGCGCAGGCCCAGCUCCUGGCCGCCGCUGCCGCCGCCGCCGCCUCCUCUUCCUCCUCCUCUUCUUCCUCCUCCUCUGCCUCCUCCUCGACCUCGCAGCCCCCAGCCUCCUCUGGGGGAGGCGACCUGCCACCACCACAGCCUGCCAGCCAGCCCCCCGGGACCCCACAGCUCACCCUGUCCCAGCCCAUCCAGCUCACAGCACAGGACAUACAGCAGCUCCUCCAGCUCCAGCAGCUGGUGCUUGUUCCCGGGCACCACCUCCAGCCACCUGCUCAGUUCCUGUUGCCGCAGGCCCAGCAGAGUCAGCCAGGCCUGCUACCAACGCCAAAUCUAUUCCAGCUACCUCAGCAAACCCAGGGAGCUCUUCUGACCUCCCAGCCCCGGGCCGGGCUGCCCACACAGGCCGUGACCCGCCCCACGCUGCCCGAACCGCACCUCUCGCACCCGCAGCCCCCCAAAUGCUUGGAGCCACCAUCCCACCCCGAGGAGCCCAGUGACCUGGAGGAGCUGGAGCAGUUCGCCCGCACCUUCAAGCAACGCCGCAUCAAGCUGGGCUUCACGCAGGGUGACGUGGGCCUGGCCAUGGGCAAGCUCUACGGCAACGACUUCAGCCAGACAACCAUCUCCCGCUUCGAGGCCCUCAACCUGAGCUUCAAGAACAUGUGCAAACUCAAGCCCCUCCUGGAGAAGUGGCUCAACGACGCAGAGACUAUGUCUGUGGACUCCAGCCUGCCCAGCCCCAACCAGCUGAGCAGCCCCAGCCUGGGUUUCGAUGGGCUCCCCGGCCGGAGACGCAAGAAGAGGACCAGCAUCGAGACAAACGUCCGCUUCGCCUUAGAGAAGAGUUUUCUAGCGAACCAGAAGCCUACCUCAGAGGAGAUCCUGCUGAUCGCAGAGCAGCUGCACAUGGAGAAGGAAGUGAUCCGCGUCUGGUUCUGCAACCGGCGCCAGAAGGAGAAACGCAUCAACCCCUGCAGCGCGGCCCCCAUGCUGCCCAGCCCGGGGAAGCCAGCCAGCUAUAGCCCUCAUCUGGUCACACCCCAGGGGGGUGCUGGGACCUUGCCGAUGUCCCAAGCUUCCAGCAGUCUGAGCACAACAGUUACUACCUUAUCCUCAGCUGUGGGGACUCUCCACCCCAGCCGGACAGCCGGAGGGGGCGGGGGCGGGGGCGGGGCCGCGCCCCCCCUCAAUUCCAUCCCCUCUGUCACUCCCCCACCCCCCGCCACCACCAACAGCACAAAUCCCAGCCCUCAAGGCAGCCACUCGGCUAUCGGCUUGUCGGGCCUGAACCCCAGCGCGGGAAGCACAAUGGUGGGGUUGAGCUCCGGGCUGAGUCCAGCCCUCAUGAGCAACAACCCUUUGGCCACUAUCCAAGCCCUGGCCUCUGGUGGAACCCUGCCCCUUACCAGCCUUGACAGCAGCGGGAACCUGGUGCUGGGGGCAGCCGGCGCAGCCCCAGGGAGCCCUGGCCUGGUGACCUCGCCGCUCUUCUUGAACCACGCUGGGUUGCCCCUGCUCAGCGCCCCACCCGGCGUGGGCCUGGUUUCGGCAGCCGCUGCGGCUGUGGCAGCCUCCAUCUCUAGCAAGUCUCCUGGCCUCUCUUCAUCCUCUUCCUCCUCGUCGUCGUCGUCGUCCUCCUCCUCCACUUGCAGCGAGGCGGCAGCACAGACCCCUGGAGGCCCAGGGGGGCCGGAGGCAGGGUCCAAGCCUGAAUGAGGGCCUGCCAUGCCUCCCCUCCUACUCCUCUGACCCCUACCUCGGUCCCGGCCAGCGGUGGGGGCGCAGAGGGUCCUUGGAGCAAGAGCGACAAGGGAGGAAAGACCAAAAAAACCAACCAACCAAAAAAAGACAGGAAGGAAAGAAGGAAGGAAGGAAGGAAGGAAGGAAGGAAGGAAGGAAGGAAGGAAGGAAGGAAAGAAGGAAGGAAGAAAGAAAACCAAAAAUAAUCGCAACAGAAACCAGCUGCCCCAAAGGAACCAGAUGUGAAAAACAAAAAACCAAAAACAAACAAAAAAUCCCCCAUAAAACCAAACAAACCAAAAACCAGUUGCAAGCCAGACCUCACCCUCACUGCUACGACACCAAAUAAGAACCCCCAGCCAGGGGCCGAGAAGCCUCACAGGGCGGACCUCACCAAGCCCCUGGCUGUGGGGCCAACCCCCAACCUUGCUUCCUCCAGUGGGGGCCAGAGAAGGAAAAAGAGAAUGUGCCAGCCUCCUAGCCCCAGCCCCCAGCGAAGACAGGACACAGCCUGGGGCAGAGGGGCAGGCUUUGAACCACCUGCCAAAUGUUCUUUUCCAGAAGCUGAAAGAGAAAGGGCCUAAACAACCUUACACCAAAUAUUCAGUAGCUUCACCCAAAGGAUGUACAGAAUUUUUAGCGUUGAGAUCAACAGAAUGUGUCCCUACCAUGCAUCCCCCUCGCCCAUGGCCCCUAGCUGUCCCCACUGGGGCAGGGGGUGGUUCUCGCUUUAACCUUCUCCCUGCCCCCUCCCCCCAACCAGGGGAGAGUGCAGGGGAAGGCCUGGGAUGACUUUCCACCCCUGUACCUUCCCCUUUUCCCUUUAAAGGAUGGGCUAGGCCAUUUUUUGCCAAGUUCUAGCUGUCAUACAUCCCCCCUCAGCCCAUCACCCUCCUCUACUCUGGGAUCUCCCCCUUCCCUAGACCAUGGGAAGGUAGAAGUUCCAGGCAAGAGGACGUUCAAGCUGUCUUUUUUUUCAUCCUUGUCUGUCAGUUCCCUGAAAAAAAAAAUUCAUAUUCCAGUGCCUAUCCGUGGGAAUCCUUCACGUUCUUUGACAUUGACCAGAAACCAAAAAGAAAAAUCACCUCACCCCCCCCCCCCGCCCCUCUGAUACUGGCAGAAGCCUCUUCCUCUCCCCCCCACACAUGCAUACCCGCACGCACCCCAGCGGUGGGGUUCCUCGCGAUGGCGUGUCCAUCAGGGUCCAUAUGGCAGGGACAGUGCCAUGACCUGUGGUCCUCAUCCAAGAGGGCACUGUGGUGGCCACCACGCCAACAAAACCUUCCUCAAGUCUUGGCUGGACCCUGUGUUUAAAUGCUCAGCCCUGGACACAUCUCGACGACGGACAGAGGAGAGCUGGCGCUGGGAGCCACUUUGCCCUCCUGCUACUGUGGAGGCCAACAAAGUUUUGAACCAAAAACAAAAACAAAAAACCAAACAAACAAUAAAUUAAAACUAGGAAAAAAAAGAAUUUAUAUAUAUAUAUAUAUAUAUUUAAGGGAAAGAAGAGGAGGACUCUUCAAGAAUAAGAAGGAGCCGCGAGGUGGAGCCAAGCCCUGCCCCAGUGGUUCAGGCCCUUGGUCCCCAAGGCUGUUGGAAGGAUGGAUGCUUCUUUCUCUUCACAAAUACCUCAUGGACGUCGUCUUCGGGAAAGCUGGAGGGGGGUGGCUGGGGCAGGGCCUGUCCCUCAGCCAGGGCGGAUGAAAGCUGGUGGGCAGGGCUGAGAGAGGGUGUCAGGGACCAGGGUGAAGAGCCCCACACACCCUGCUCCCCCCCAAUCAACUGAAAAAGCUUUAAAAAAACAAAACAAAACAGGAAAAAGGAAUAAGAAGGCAAAAAGAACGGACAAAGGAAAACUAACAAACUUUCGGGUGGUUUGAUUCCUCCUUUGAUUUCUUUUUCUAUUCUCUUAACGUCUGUCCUCUCUCCUGUUUUCUUUUUGCUUGCCUCUCAAUCUCUCCCUCUUCCUUCGUUCUUCUCUCACCUCUAUCAAUCUCGUUCUUUCUGUGUCUCUCCUCAAACCAAAGUGUUGCUGUGAAGGACGCGAGCCAUGGAAAUCAGAGUGGCCCCCCCACCCCCGCCCCUCAUUGGGCAGAGCAGAGGGAGGGGAGAACCCGGGAUUUGGGCAGUGUUGCUGGGCACUCCCAGGAGAGGCAGACAGAGCCUUGGACACCACCCUGGGCCCCGAGGCCUCAGCAUUCUCUCUUUUUCUCUUGUCUCCCUUCUCCCACCCGGGAAAUGAAACUGUUGGGCUGGGCCACGGAGGCAGCAGAGACUUGGCUGUUGCGGGGGUCUGGGGUGCCUUGUCUGGGCAGCAGUGGAGUGGCUGCCCCUCCUACCCUGGCACCCAUGAUGGGGCCUGGUGUGCCAUCGAACCGUCCUUGCCGGAAUGUAAGCAUCUCCACUGAACCGACUCCCUGCCCGCACCCUACCUCUGAGUGUCCAUUUUUAUUUCCUGAAGAGAAGAGACUGUUGAGAGGGCCUGGGCUCCAGCCCAAGGGUGGAGAGGGGGCUAAGGGCUCCUGAACAGACAGGAAGGACAUUUGAGCAGAGCAAAGUGAAAGGAAUCACAACCAAAAACCCCUCCGAGAAGACAGGCAGCAUGGAAGGCAUGGUGGAGAUGACUCAAAAACUAUGAUUCUAGACCAAAAAAAAAAAAAAAAAAAGAAAAAAGAAAAAAAAAUCCAGGACUCACCACCACCCACUUCAUCCUACUUCCUCCCCAUCUAGUCCUGCCACCUGAGACGUCUCCCCCACCCCAGUGUGGGGGGGAGUGGGGCAGAGAGCAGAGGAGGAAGCAGGGGGCAGGGAUGGGGCUGAUGCCCUGACACUGGUGGAGGGACCCCCAUGCAGCCGGGGGUGGUGGGGACCCGCCCCAUCCAACCCCCAUAACUAGGGAAAGAAAAACAAGAAUAAAAGAAAAUUCCUGGGAGGGGGAAAAAUAACCAAAUCCCAAGCUUUAACUACAGCUGUGAAACCAAAUAUUGGGAAGGGGGUAGGAGGGAGGGAGGGGCAAGUGUGCCCCAGGUCUCCCCCCUGGGCCCCCUCCCCUGAGGACUCGAGAUAAGGCACCAAAUACCUCAUAGAACUUUAAUGUUAAAAAAAGGAAACCAAAUAUCGUUGGCUGGGGGCCAGCCAGGGCAAGGGGUUGGGGGGCAGGAGGGAGCCAGGGUUGGGAAGGUGAUGGGGGAGUUCGUGCCCCCCAUCCCCCUCUUGCCCUUUCCACUCCAGUCCCCCGUCUUGACUCCGGGAAACAAAACUAUCUCAUCGUUUUUAUUUUGUGGUCUGUACAGAGCCUGUGUCCGUGUGUCUGUGUGUGAGCGCGAGAGUUGAGGGGGGGUUGGGAACGUUCUGUGGGGUUGGGAGGGAGACUCCAGGCCAGGCUCUGGGCUAGGUGAGAUUUCCGAGGUGGGGGGCCUGGGCUAGAAAGAGAGGAAGAUGACUGGAUUGGAGAAAUGGGGAACCCUCUGAAUUUCUCCCUAACCCUGCCUAACAGUGACCUCCUACUUGAGGGAGGGACAGAGACUGGGUCUACCCUAAUGGUGGGCCUUUUAAUUGUGCCAAAAACAAAAAAACACACAAAAAA